AUGGAUGCUGCGGAUAAUCUUAUUUGGCACCCUCGGGUUCCUUUGAAGGUUUCCAUUCUUGCACGGCGUUUAUUGCGUGACAGAUUGCCCACGAGAGUGAAUCUGGUUACUCGUCGGGUUUUAUCGCCUACAGCUCAUACGUGUGUUUUUGGGUGUGGUGAUGCUGAGUCGGCUCAUCAUUUAUUCAUAUCUUGCGAUUUUGCUGGCUCUCUUUGGGAUUUAGUGCGGUCAUGGAUCGGCAUUCCUUUGGUGGAUUUUGUUUCUUUGCGCGAUCACUUUAUUCAGUUCACAUCCUCAGCAGGUGGAUCUCGAGCGCGCCGUUCUUUUCUUCAGCUCAUUUGGCUUGCUUGCAUUUGGGUCGUAUGGACGGAGAGAAAUCAUCGACUGUUCAGAGGAUCAGUAGAUUUGCCACAGGUUUUGUUGGACAAGAUCAAGCUUCAGUCAUGGUACGUCUUGUGCCAGGGAGGCUGA